AACAUAGGAGAAAACGGCAUAACUGGAACAAUAACAGAAGGAAUAGGUAACCUCAUUAACUUGAAUGAACUUUACAUGGCAAAUAAUCUUCUCAUAGGUUCUAUUCCAGCAUCUCUCGGCAAAUUAAAGAAGUUAAAUGAAAUUAAGCUUUCAAAUAAUUCUUUCUCUGGACCCAUUCCUGCAACAUUGGGCAAUCUAACAAAACUUACUACCCUUACACUCAGUAGUAAUGUAAUUAGUGGAGCUAUACCUUCUACUCUCAGCAAUUGUCCUUUAGAAGUUUUGGAUCUUUCUCACAACAAUCUUUCUGGUCCGAUACCUAAAGAACUAAUUUUCAUAUCAACACUGUCAAGUUUCAUGGAUCUUGCGCACAAUUCCUUAUCUGGGACUUUGCCAUUAGAAGUGGGAAAUCUAAAAAACUUAGGCAAACUUGAUUUCUCAAGUAAUAUGAUUUCUGGUGAGAUUCCAAUAUCCAUCGGUGAGUGCCAAAGCUUGGAAUAUCUCAACAUAUCUGGAAACCUGUUCCAAGGGACCAUUCCAGUUUCACUAGGAAAUCUGAAGGGCCUCUCGGUGCUUGAUCUUUCCUAUAAUAAUCUAUCUGGGGCCAUCCCUGAAAUCCUUGGCAACCUAAAAGGCCUUUCUUCCUUGAACCUCUCAUUUAACAAAUUCCAAGGUAGUCUUCCAACAGAUGGGGUAUUUCUGAAUGCAUCUGUCAUCACGGUUACAGGAAAUGAUGACCUGUGUGGUGGCAUCCCUCAACUGAAAUUACCACCCUGCUCAAACCACACCACCAAGAAGCCACCUCAAAGACUCGGCAUAGUAGCCCUUAUAUGUGGAGCAGUUAUUUUUGUUACAUUAGCAGCUGUACUGUUUGUGUUCUACCAAAAGAGCUGGAAGAAAAAAGCAAACCUACAAAUUUCUGUCAUAAACCAGCAAUAUAUGAGGGUUCCUUAUGCUGAAUUGGCCAGUGCAACAAAUGGUUUUGCGUCUGAGAACCUCAUAGGAGCAGGGAGCUUUGGCUCAGUCUACAGAGGGAGAAUGAGAGGCAACGACCAGCACAUAGCUGUUGCUGUUAAGGUUCUCAACCUCAUGCAACGUGGCGCAACUCAGAGUUUUAUUGCAGAAUGUGAGACUUUAAGAUGUGCUCGACAUCGAAACCUUGUGAAGAUCUUGACAGUCUGCUCCAGUAUUGAUUUUCAGGGCCGUGACUUCAAGGCCCUUGUGUAUGAGUUUCUACCAAACGGAAAUUUAGAUCAAUGGCUGCACAAACAUAUCAUGGAAGAUGGUGAACAAAAAUCGCUUGAUCUGGCGGCAAGGCUAAGCAUUGGAAUCGACGUGGCAUCUGCGAUUGAUUAUCUACACCAAUAUAAGCCAACACCAAUUAUUCACUGUGAUCUUAAACCAAGCAAUGUUCUCCUGGAUAGUGACAUGGUUGCUCACGUUGGGGAUUUUGGUCUUGCAAGGUUUCUGCAUCAAGACAAAGAUAAAUCAAGUGGCUGGGCAUCAAUGAGAGGAUCGAUUGGUUAUGUGGCUCCAGAGUAUGGAUUGGGCAAUGAAGUCUCCACCCAUGGCGAUGUCUACAGUUAUGGUAUACUGUUGCUGGAGAUUUUCACUGGAAAAAGUCCAACAGGCAGUGAAUUUGGAGAAGCCAUUGGACUCCGCAAGUACGUUCAAAUGGCACUUCCAGACAGACACUAGUGAUCUGAGAAUCUCCUGCGUCGCUUCCGUUCUGCAAGUUGGAAUCUGCUGUUCAGAUGAAACACCAACAGAUCGCCCGCCGAUUGGAGAUGCUCUCAAAGAGUUGCAGGCAAUUAGAGACAAGUUUGACAAGCACCUAUCUGGCUCUCCGUUGAAGGAUCAUUGUUGUCAAGCCAUUGACACAAUUGAAGGAUUUUCUGGCGCGUGACGUCUUGAUGCUUUACCGUCCACUACAUUAAUAAUGAAUUGCAAGCUGGGACUUGUGUGGGUUCUUGUUAUCCAGGAUAGUAUUUUUUAAAAAACGCUUCAUCUUGUUCAAAAGUAAAGUUUCCUAGUUGUUCUGGCAAAAUGGAUUGUUGGAUGUUAGCCUCUGCUACCACAUAUCAUGUAGUAUAUGAUUUGAACUACUCGCGUUUCAUUUUAGAAUGGUCACAUAAUCAUAUUUAGGAUGCAAACUGAGCCUCUGCUCAGUACAGAUUCCAAAAUCAAAGUAGCAAGAUUGCAUUUUGCUCUUUA